AACAGCCAGGAAAACGAAGAGCCCUCACGUUUUAACACAGACCCUUCUACCAGAGUUCUCCAAUCGUAAAGUACUCUGCAAAGAACCUCUUGACAGACCUUCCACCUGAUUCACUUUACCUGACCACCAUGACUGAGAUCACUGCUGAAGGAAAUGCAUCUACAACCACAACUGUGAUAGACAGCAAAAAUGGAUCUGUGCCCAAAUCCCCUGGAAAAGUGCUGAAGAGGACAGUCACAGAAGACAUAGUGACGACAUUCAGCUCACCUGCAGCCUGGCUUCUGGUCAUUGCUCUGAUAAUAACCUGGUCAGCUGUUGCCGUUGUUAUGUUCGAUUUAGUUGAUUACAAGAACUUUUCAGCAAGCUCUAUUGCCAAGAUUGGCUCAGAUCCUCUAAAACUUGUACAUGAUGCAGUGGAGGAAACCACGGACUGGAUCUAUGGCUUCUUUUCUUUGUUGUCUGACAUCAUUUCAUCUGAAGGUGAUGAAGAAGAUGAGGAAGGGGAUGAGGACAUUGAUAAAGGAGACACAGAGGAGACUCCCUUGAAAAAAAAAGAAAUACACAAAGAAAAGACUGAAAAGCAGGAUAAAUCUGAAAAGAAAAUUCAAACUAAAGUCACACACAGAGAAAAGGAAAAAGACAAAGAAAAAACAAAAGAAAAGGAAAAACCUGAAAAGAAAGCAACUCACAAGGAAAAAACUGAGAAGAAAGAAAAGCCAGAGACAAAGGCAGGAGCAAAAGAAGAAAAGAAGGCUAAGUCUAAAGAAAAGACUGAUGAAAAGACUAAAAAGGAAGCAAAAGGUGGGAAACCAGAGAAAAUGAAGCAAACAGCUGCAAAAGUAAAAGAAGUACAGAAACCAUCACCGAAAACCAAAGAGAAGGAUAAAGAAAAGGAGGACAAAGAGGCACUGUCCAAACAUGAGCAGCAAGGUAAACAUUCAGAGGAGGAAGCAGCCCGAGGCUCUAAGAGGAUAUUGGGCAAGAAGCAGAUGCAGUAAAAUUAACCUGACAAAGAUCAAAAUCAGACUCCAAACAGGGGUAACAGACCCAUACAUGUAAAUAUACUGGAAAAGAAAUAUAAUAAAAUGGGAAUUAAUAUUUAUUUAUAGAAAUAUAAAAUGAGUUCAAACAUAUCUAAGGUUGCAUUUUGAA